GGGGUAAACCAGGAGAGACAUAACAAAUUGAAGCAUAUGUGAUGAUCAGCGGUAGGAGGACGCACCGCUGUCGAAGAGACGAGGUUGUCCUGGGGGAGGCGACUGCGGAGAUUCGAGAAGAUACAAUACGUAACGGUUAAGUGACUUAUCCCACGGCACUUUGGAGAGAAGUCACGGCCCGUACGAGGUAAUCUACGAGGUAAUCUAAUUGUUGUGCGCUAAGAACGGCCCAGAACUGGUCUCACUGGCCCCCCUUCUUCUCCUCUUUUCUCGUCCUUCAUCGUCUCUCCUCUUCUUCUCGUCUCGUCUCUCCUUCUCUCUUCACUCGACACUCUUUCGAUCCCCGACCCUCGUUCACUCUCUCGCUUUUUUGGCUGCUGGCCGCCACGCUCCUUUACAACACACCCCUCAUCAACCUUUUCCACGACCCUAUUUUUGAUUUCCGUGGCUUCGAAAGCCCGGUCCGAUCGUUGUGAAAAAGAAAAUACUUACCCUAAAUGACUUCGUUCUAAAACUUCCUACGGCCACCGCCCUGAUUUUUUUGGUCGCGCCUGUCGACUGGUUCGCAUGUGGGAAGCAUAUACGGCCUCCUCGUGUGAUCGACUACAACUACCACCCGCUCUCCUAUUCUUCCCCACCCCGACGACGGGCCCUCCUUUGAGCCAUGCCUCACCAUCAUGAUCCCAAUCUGGUGAUGAGGCACUCCCUGGUUCCACGGGAGGUCAUCCCAUCCGUCCGACUCCCUCUCCUCGUGCCCACUACUACCACGAUGCCGGGUGCUGGCCUCCCCUCGUUGGUGGCAAGAGCACCGAGCUCCUCUGAAACUACCGGGUCUUCCUCCUCAGAAAAGCCGACAAGUAACAUGACAACGACGGUGUUGCCGGUCGUGCUGGGUGCUGGUGUUCCCGUUUUAUGUGCCAUUGUGGUUUUAAUCUUCUUGCACCGGAGACAUGUUAAGAAGCUGAGGCGUGAGGAUGCAAUGGAUAAACACAAAUCUCUGGAUUUCGGCAUGGAUGCGGUUGGGCCGGGUGGAAGGAAACCGAGGAAAUUGCCCAACGGAUUGCAAGCGGAAAUGAUGGAACCUAGUCAUUCAAAGGGUCUGUCUCUCGACGUUAGCCCGUAUCUGAUGCCCCCUGGUCUUCACGGCUCCCAAGACUCGCUACACUCUCUUUCUCGAUCCAUCGAUGAUGACAAGUACCGCCCGGCGGUCUUUGGAGCUCAAGACAAUGGCUCCGUUCGGUCAAUGUCCCGAAACCGCGGUGACGAUGGAUCGAGCCUGGGAGGCUCUACCCGCCAUGGAUAUGGAGGUGCCGAGGAUCCCAAUUCGGGUCUCCUGCGGAAUGCCCAGCGGAUGUCCCGCUCAUCUCCUCCUCGCUAUAACGGCCCUCCUGGAGAACAGAUGCCGCAGCGCCCUCCUCCAGCUCACCACCAGGACAACCCUCGCUCCUUACCCGGGUUGGUCCCGGCCCCAUCUGAGCGUGAUGAGUAUGCAAUGGCGAUUGGCAGUGCUACGACCGACCACAGCAAGAGUCCUGACCGUGCCAAUUCACCCCCGGAGCCUAAAUUCCACCUGAACAGCAAUCCCAUGUCGGAGCUACACUUUGAAACCGAGCCUCCAAUCGGCCAUGUCAACACAUCUCCCUAUGAAGAUCGCCCGAAUUUCCCGCUUCCUGACCACCAGGGGCCUGUCCAGCACGCCCAGACUUCGACUACGCAACUGCCCCGUAUCUCUCUGCCCGCCAGUGAUAUCACUACCAGUGAUUACGGUGACGAGCGCAAGCCGGAACUGACGAUCAAAGUUCAAGCUGCGGAAGCGAACCAGCCCCAUCAUGACAACAACAACAAGCAGCCCGAGCAGCCCGAAGAAACCCAGCAGAACCUCGAUAUCGCCUUUGCCAACAACAACCGCCCUGACACCCGCCGGCUGACUCUCGGGGUGCGUCCAUUGCCCCCAGAAGACCCGGCCGACAACCCCGAGCAGCGUGCCAACCGUAUCCGUUCCUUCUACAAGGAAUACUUCGACGACAGUAAGCGGGAGACCACCUACUACGAAGACUACGGUUCGGAGUUCUACGACGGUGGCUACGUCUAUGACCCGACUACGGGCGAUUAUUUCGAUGCUGCUGCCCCCCCUGCUGCCCCUUACGCACAGCCCAUGGAGCGUCGUGCCAUGACCCCGCCUCCUCGGGCUCCUCCUCGCUUCCAAGGCGCUGCUCGCCAUAUGGCCACGAACUCGGCUGGCCACAAUGGUUUCGGUGGCCCGGGUCCUCGUGCGUUCUCAUCGGCUUCAGGCCGACUUCCCGGCCCUCGUGGUGCUCCUCGGAAGCCCAUGCCUCCGCCGUCACCUCUUCAAUUACUCCCGACUCCUCACAUGUUGAAGGAUGAUUCUAUUUUCACGGCGGCAGACUUUGCUCCUGCUCAUGGAUUCCGUGAUCGUCGUGAAGGUCGUCCCGAGACUCCUACCGGUGGCUCCAUGCCGUACAGCCCUGCCAUCCGAGCCCAUACUCCGCUUGUUUCGGCGUUCGAUGAGCUUGCUGUCAUUCCCAGCCCUCACGCCUUGCGGAAGUCUGGCACGUUCACCAGUCUGGACUUUGCACCUCCACCCCGGUUCAAGAACAGCGACAGUGGCAGCGAUGCCGGUAGUAUUCGCAGCAACCGGACGGGUAUCUCCAACACCCAUAUGAACAACAUUCGCAACGGCAACUAUCGCGUCAGCCGGUUGCCGACUGACAUGGUCGGAACCAAGGACGAUAUGAUGACCAGUCUGCGACCUGACUGGGGCAUGAACCGAUAAACAAAAAGCAUCUUCAUUCGCCCGUCUUACCUUCUUCUUCUCCUGUCCCUCCCCCGUAACGACUCUGUGCUGCUUUUGGUGUCCCUCGGAAACAAACCUGUGACGACCUUGCACUUUUCAUGGUGUUCCUCCAGUUGUUUGGCCCUAUCCAAGGAAUGGUUUAAUCAUAUUCCAUUUCUUCCCGGAUCUUUUCUUUUCUCCUCUGGUGUCUCUUGCACUCGUUUUGCCCCGUCCUCCUGGGGGCCUCUUUUGGGAAAUCUGCAGUCAUUCGGCGUACAUAGAUAAUGGUUGGGUUCUGUUUGUGUUCCCCCAUGGAUUUUUCAUCAUCUCUCGUUUUUUUUGUUCUUCGAUAUUGCCCUUUUUUCCCAUUUCCCCGGUGCUUCGGUCCCGGGGCUGUACAUAUGCCAUUGACAUUGACAUUGGAUGGUCUCGGUCGGAGAGGGUCCUCGCGGACAGACUCCGGCCGGCUUUGUGUGCUGAUUCUUCUUUUUUGUUCCUCCAUGUUGCUUUUUGAGGUAUGUAAUCGUAGAUUCUCGCCCCCUGGUCGGCACUCCACGUAGAUGAAGAGUUCUUUUAGUCGUCACCAUCUUGGAGGUCUUCAGGCCUGGACCGGAGGUGUGGACACACG